UAUCAUUAUAUUAGCCCUUUGAUCAUUUUCGUUCUCUUUCUCCUCUUAAAAAAAAAGCAGCAGUGUCGACUGCAAUAUUUGUCAUCCUGUGUAGAAGUGUCAAUCAGAGAAGCAGAAAAGUGGUGGAAAUGGUGGCUGAUAACUGGACCAAGUCAGCUAUGAGAGAUGGAGGAGUUGUGGCGGAGCUACUGCUGAGUCUCAAGGAAGCCGACGUCACGCCUGUAUUUCUCGCGAAACCGGCGGUGUCGGCUCUCCGGUGGGGAAUUCGGCAGCCACGGUCUCGAUUCACGAGAUGCGACGGUCCCGGUGGCUCCGGCGGCGGUCCUUCUUCUCCCUCCGCCUACGCCGAUGGUUACGAGGCCACGAGUCGCCAGAUUAACGGAUCGUUGGCCGUUGGAUCUAAACCAAUGGAGGUUAGAUUUGGAUCCACGUUCAGGGAGGAUGAGAAGUUAAAGAGAACAAAGGUUACGCACCAGAUUCACGGCCAACCUCAUCCUUAUCAAGACUCUGAGACCAGUUUCCUAGUUCCAGAUCUGAAUAUGAUGCCAUCCCAAAAUGAUAACCUUAACCAUUAUUUUUCUCCACAUGUAAAGACUUUGUAUGCAAGUGUAAGAAUAAGCUGAACCUAAAGUCAAACCAA